AUGCGAUCCAGCAUUGCCAUGCUCUGCGCCCUCGUGGGUGCCCAACUCAUAGCGGGCAUCCAACACGCACCCCCCGUCAAGCCACGCCAGAUCAAACCUCCUAUCGUAGCAGGAUCCAUGGUGAUGGUGGCAUCGGCCUGUCUGAUAUCAUCCAAAAUUUGCGAUCAAGAUGGGAAGCCCAUCACAAAGAGUGAUGCACUUGCACUUGGUGGAUACUGCUGUAACUUUGUCGGAGGUGCAGUCACUGCUGCUGCUGGAAGCGAGACGGCGAAAACAAAGUGGAGAGAAUCGCUUAAAGCUCUCAAAGGUGCCGCAACGGUAGUCAAAGGUAAAUAUAAGGACUUGGUUGCGAGAUGUACCGCGAAAGCUUCCAAGGUCAAUCAAUGGGGUUGGAAGGAGAGGAAUUCCGAGAAGAUUGAGAAGGUCGAUCAAUGGAUACGAGAGGAAGCGAGUUCCAAGGAAGUCGAGAAGCUCAAUCGAUAG